CCCCACUUUGCAAAGUUCUCCGAAUUUUUUUUUCCUGCGAUCUGUAAUACCCAUAAGGUUUUACUUCUCCAAUGGCUGUUGCAUUACAUAACGCUCCUCGACUUUUCAAGCGAUUAUUAACAAGGUCGAAAGAAGAAAAAACAUCCGGUGCUGCAUCCUAUUUGUCUUCCAAACGUGAUUCGGAAGAGAGCUUGAAUUUUCCCGAGCCUAGCAUUCUCGGUGACGAUUCAACCUGCUUUGAAACACGUGAUUGCAUAGCGACCGAACAGGAAGUGUUUCUUCCAAGCUCGAAAGCCGCCAAGCUCGCUCAAGUCUUUCGUAAAUUUUUCCGGCCGCGCAUGCCAGCAAAUGAUGCGGGCAUCGAUGAUCAAAAAAUUCUAGACCAUUCUUUGGCGUCGUUUCAUCCCAAUGAUUCCAUGAUCCCUUUUGGCGAGAGAUAUAUUGCGCGUGAAGAUCCUCAGGAAGAAGCGCGUGUACGUAAAGCUCGCAUUGAACGCUAUAAGAAUCAAAUUGGCAUCAACUGGCUCGACCGGAUCGCAACCAAUCGUACAAACAAGAACCAAGCCGCAGCCAAAUCCGAGCUUCCGCAAGAAUCGAGCGCAGCGUUAGCUACCAAACCUGCAGUCAAUCUACCGGUAUCGACUCCUAUUCACAGAGCGAAUUCGACCAUGUCACUACAGGCAGAGACAUCAAUACCUGAAGAACUAUGUCCAGUUGCAGAUGAUCUGCGGAAACUGUGUCAGGAAUCGUUUUGGCCUUAAAUUAAAAAUAUUGCCUAGUUUCCAUUAGUCCGUUUUUUAGCAUUCGCAUCCAGUGUCUUAUUAUUUAUUACUCGCAUUUUUUCUGAUUUAUAGAUGUUCUCUUUUCUUUUU